UCUGAUUUACUUAUUUUAAGAACCGGUUAAAAAGCUGUAGGUAAAGAUGCAAGUGCACAAGUUAUCGGUUGUUGUACUAUUUGUGGUGGUAGGUGAAGUUUUGAGCAAACAGAAGAAUAGGGAUAAAGGAACAACAGAACAACCUCUAAAUAUAUAUCAAGAUGAGGAGUUCCCAUUUCCUUCUAAACCAGUACGAAGUAGAUCGGAGAACGAAAUAGCUGCAGAAAAGAACAAGCAAUUCUGGUAUCACAAAGCUGCGUCAGCGAUUCAAGAUCGACUUGCCAGAAAAAUAAAUCAAAAUAUUGCCAAAAAUGUGAUUCUAUUUCUUGGAGAUGGAAUGUCUAUUCCAACCAUAGCUGCUACAAGAGUUUAUAUCGGUGGAGAAGAACAACAGCUAUCAUUUGAAAAAUUCCCUUAUACUGGAUUUUCCAAGACGUACUGUGUGGACCACCAAACUGCCGAUUCGGCAUGUUCAGCGACAGCGUAUCUUGGAGGAGUUAAAGCCAACAAGGGUACAGUGGGGGUUACUGCAGCAGUUAACAAAAGAAAUUGCACAGCUAUGAACGAUCCAGACAAUCAUGUCGAAUCAAUUGCUAGACUUUUUCAACUUAACAGAAAAAGAACUGGUCUGGUUACUACUACCAGAGUGACACAUGCUUCACCUGCUGGCAAGUAUUUUAAAAAUAGCGCUAUAUUUAGAUAUAUAAACAAUUGCACAGCCUUUAUUUUAAAUAUAUAUGCUAUUUUACGCGUUUAUGCACAUACUGCUUACAGACAUUGGGAAAGUGAUACUGACGUCCUAGACGACCACGAAAAUCCUAAAGAAUGCGAAGAUAUAGCUCAUCAAUUAGUUUUUGGAAAAACUGGAAAAAAUCUGAACGUGAUAUUAGGAGGUGGGCGAAAAAAGUUUAUACCUACUUACGAGAGAGAUGAUGAAGGAAAAAGAGGUCAUAGAAGCGAUCAUCUGAAUUUAAUUCGGUUAUGGAUGGAACAGAAGGAGGCGAUGAAAGUUAAAUACGAGUACGUGUGGAACAAACAGCAGCUGUUGAAUGUGAAAAAUGAUACAGAAUAUUUGUUAGGUUUAUUUGAAUCAAACCACAUGCAGUACAAUUUAGAAAGAGAUAACGAAACCGACCCUUCGUUAGAAGAAAUGACAGAAGCAGCCAUUGAAGUUCUUCAACGUGGACCAGAUGGAUAUUUUCUUUUUGUGGAAGGCGGUAAAAUUGACAAAGCUCACCACGCUAGCGCUCCACAUAAAGCAUUGGACGAAACAGCUGAGUUUUCAAAAGCUGUCCAAAGGGCCGUAGAGUUGACUAACGAGGAAGACACGUUGAUAGUGGUUACAGCUGAUCAUGCGCAUACCAUGAGUUAUGCUGGGUAUGCAAAACGUGGUAGUGAUGUGUUUGGGUAUGGAGGAAUAGCCAAUGACGAUAACUACUACACAAUAUUGAGUUAUGCCAAUGGUCCGGGAUAUAAAUUGAGGAAAAACAAGAAGCGAUAUGUGCCGUCAGAGGGAGAACUAGAUAAAAUCAGUACCAAAUGGCCAUCAUUAGCUCCUCUACGUGUGGAAACUCAUGGGGCAGACGAUGUUGGUAUUUUUAUAAGAGGACCCCAAGCGCAUCAUUUUACCGGAGUAAUGGAACAGAAUGUACUCCCACAUUUAAUGGCUUUAGCAGCAUGCGUGACCGAAAACUCUUCAUGUGAUAAUACUUAUAUAAAGCAACCUUAACAAAUUAGCAUUACAAUAUCUUUAAGUGUAAAAAACUAAUGCGCCCA